CCUGGCCGAGAGGCUGCUGCUCUCAGGCCCUGGCCAGGGUGAUGGAUGUGAGUUUGCUCAGUCCUUACUCCACGUGGGAUAACCAAGAAUGUCCAGAUUUUUACUUAAAUUAGAACUGGCACACAAAGCACACAGUCUGGCAAAAGAGGACUAAGCAGAUACAUGUGAACUACCACAGUCAAACAGCCUCUAGUGGCACAGCUGUGGGACAUCGAUGUACUUGUCAAUGGCGGGGAUGGGACAGGAGGCUGCAGGCCACUGCACCUUCCUAAGGCCACUCAGGAAAAGGCCAGUCCCCAAUUUGUUUCACUGUGAGGCGGUUGCGCGGUUAGAGCCCAGACACGGUCACCAGACUCCCAGACUUGGAUUCAGCUCCACAUCGUGUCACCCUGGGUAAAGGAUUACAUCUCUGCAUGCCUGGGUUUGUCACCUGGCAGCAUGGAUGCUCAGGUGACUGACCCGUCAGGACUGCAACAAAAGAACUGAAGCUGCAGGAGCGAGCUGGCUGGUGCUGUGCGGAGCUGUGGUGCAGAAGGCCCUGACCAGGGGUGCCCAGAGCCGGGGUCUGUGCGCCGCGGACUGGGUCCAGGUCACAGGCACUGGGUGAACAGAAUGAGAAGACGAAGUGAGGAUGUACUCGUUAGAUGCUCACGAAAGGCCUUCUUCCCCUUGGUUGGGAACGACCCCCCGGAAACUAGCCCCAGGCCGCACCUGGAUUCAGCUGCAGGCAACUCAGAGGAGCACGAGCCCAGGGGCCUCGGGAGGGCUUCGGUGGUUAGGAGGGGGGUGAAGGGAGACUCGGGAGGGCCGCGGAUGGGAGCAGCUCUAAGAGCCCUACAGCUUGCAUGGAAACGCAAAGACUUCCCUUUUGCACUGUCUGCGGGGACAACUGUUUCAGCCAUGAGGGGACGAGGGGACGCUGUGCUGUGGGGAAAGCCCGGAAAGCCCGGGUGGCAGGAGGUGGCGGGGCUCCUGGAGGAGGUGCUGGGAUGUGCUGCUGUGGCUGCUGAGAAAGGUCCUGAGGACGCAGCCCGCCCCUUCCCCGAGCUUCGAGCUUCCAGGGAGCCCCGCGGGGAAGACCGGCAGGGUCUCCGGGAGGGUGGAACAGGGGAGCCUGGAGUCUCAGGGCUGAGGGGAGCAGAGUCUUUCUGGGAGGUGAGCGUCCCCAGCCUGCCCUCCCUGCUCACUGCAGGUCGCGCACCUGCUCUGUCUGCUCUGGGCCUCCCCUCAGCCCUGGCCUCGAGGCAGUUUCCUUUCUCAGGUAGAUUCUGUGCAACUUCAUUUAUUCAGAAUCUGGAUCAACAAAUGAACACUCAGGGAGAAGGGUGUUUGGAGGGGUGGAGAGGUUUCCAAGCAGGCGCCCACCUGAGGGACCCCUGA